AUGGCUCCAUACACACCCGCGUACCUCUGGCUCAAUGAGUCCUCAGAUUCCUGCUCCGACGGUGAAGACGUACCUCAUGAGCACACUCCCCUCGGUCGAGCCGCAAAGGAAACACUCGCGAAGCUGAAAGAGCGCACCCCAGCACACAUUCGGGAAGUACGCUACUACUGGUACGAUCUGGAGGAGUGCAAGUACAAGAACGUUCCCAAGGACAUCGACUGCAACGACAUGUUUCGGAACGUUGGCAUCCUUAUUACUAUGCCAGAUAGCUUGGCGCAAGAGAUUCUUGAUAGAGUGACCGGCAAAGCGGAUCAGAAGAAGCUGAAGAGCGACUUUGCAAAGAUGAUGGCAGAGAAAUUGAGUGGGCGGCCGGAGAAGUACUUGGAUCAAGUGACAACCUACUGGCAUAUAUUGAAGACAAAGAGGAACGGGGACGACAAGGAGAAAAUAAGGAUGUUCAAGGACAUUGGCUUGUUGCUGCAGAUUCCCGAUCAAGAAGUCCAUGAGAUGAUUUGGAUACUGUUGAAUAUGAUAGAGAAGGGAGAGAUUGCAGAAGAGGAGGGUCAGCGAAUCCAUGGUACAGGACCGGCUGUUACCCCUCGAGUCGACAAGUAUCCCAAGGGUAUACGCCCGCGUCAUCGUCAUCCAAAGCUCCCAGAGACACUCUCACUCGAAGCCAACCCCGCUGUCCAUCCAGGACUGAAGCGCCCAGCGUCCGAAGAUGGAGGAGAUGAGCAGCCUACUCAGAAGAAGGCUCGAUGGAGGAAUGAGUUUAAGCCUUUCGCCCCAAAGCCUGGCAACUGGAAGUGCGGGCUAUGUGGCUAUUGGAACUUUCGGGAUGAAUGCCAGCGGAGGCGUAAGGACAAGGAGUUGGUAUGUGGGGGUAGGCGCCUGGCGGAUACAAUGAUAGUAAAGAAGUAA